AUGGACUUGAGCUAUGCAAUCUCCGCAGAAAUUAGCUUACAUGGUCCCUUCGCGAACACAAACUCAUACAUCUCAUCCUAUACAACCGGAGAUCAAAUCAAAGGAGUGGUUUCAGUUGUCUCCUCCCACGAUGUGAAGUUUGAUAAUCUUCAGAUAAGUUUUGAGGGUGGGUAUAAGAAAUCUCGCAAGUUCAAACUUGUCAUUCACUGGGCUUGGCUUAAACGCGCAACAGGGGAGCAAAGUACGCACACACGCCACGCCACGCCGAACAAGUCCCACCAUCAGUUCCAGAACCUCAUGCAAUCCGAAUCUGCACUUCCAACCCCGCGGGUACUAUACAAGAACAAAAAGUACAAUUUUGAAUUCUCAUUCCAAGUCUUAGAUAUUUUGCCUCCAGCUGCCUGUCUCCACACGUCCGCCUCGGCCCGUGUCAAAGCAGCACAUCUGCAACUUCCCCCAAGCCUUGGAGACGCAACCAUCUCCGGGCUCGGUGGUAAGCUGCGGGAUGAUUUUGCACCAGCAGCAUGCCAAAUAUUAUACAGCAUCAAGUUCCAAUUAAACCGCGCGAAUGCACUCUCUGGGAAACAAGAAACACUAUUCGCCAAACGACAACAGCUCCGGAUCAAACCCGCACUUGACGACAGUAGCCUGGGCUUGUAUCCAGACUGCCUCACUCAAUUCGAAUACCGCAUGCAAGGAGAAAGACUUAUCUACCCCAAGCGCCAGAAAGAAGCAGUCGGAAGCCUAUCCGUAACAGUACAAGGACCCGUCUGCAUCUGGCUUCCCUUGCGAGAUCCAAAUCUCCUCCUAAGCCAGGCCAUCCCACUUUCCCUUAUCUACCAGCAACACAACCAGCAGUCAACGCAACCGCCAGAGCUGGAGCUGGACUCUUUCGAAAGUCAAAUUAUAGCAACGACCCUCUACACGACAAAGAAAAACGAUGACUAUCAACGUAUCGAGAAACGGGAAUUCCUCGGCCAGCCAACAAACUUCUACGACAAGCAGUUUCCGCCGCUGAUACGCCCCAUCUCAUCGGUUCCUUGGGCUCAGUCUGCAACAGGCGCGUAUAUUACUACAUUGCAGAUACCCACGACUCUCCCGUGCGAGAAUUUCGUACCGACUUUUCAUUCUUGUCUGGUCUCUCGUAUAUACACCCUGAAAUGCAGGCUGAAUGUUCGAAAUAACGGCUCGAUUAAAUUAUUAAUUCCUCUCAUAAUCUCGUCAAAGCGAGAUCCGGCAGCGUUGCCUUCAUAUGAUGCGUCUGCGGUGUCGAUUGGCAAUGUUGGUACAUAA